AUGGUCCUCGCCGAGCUUCGUCUUGCGAGUCUCCAUCACCUGCACCUCGAGCUGCUCGGCCUCCUCCCACCGGCCCUGGUUCCAAAACGUCGACGCCAGGUUGGCCAUACUGGUCAGCGUGUCGGGAUGGUCCUCGCCGAGCUUCGUCUUGCGAGUCUCCAUCACCUGCAUAAAGAGCUGCUCGGCCUCCUCCCACCGGCCCUGGUUCCAAAACGUCGACGCCAGGUUGGCCAUACUGGUCAGCGUGUCGGGAUGGUCCUCGCCGAGCUUCGUCUUGCGAGUCUCCAUCACCUGCACCUCGAGCUGCUCGGCCUCCUCCCACCGGCCCUGGUUCCUGUACGUCGACGCCAGGUUGGCCAUACUGGUCAGCGUGGAGGGAUGGUCCUCGCCGAGCUUCGUCUUGCGAGUCUCCAUCACCUGCAUAAAGAGCUGCUCGGCCUCCUCCCACCGGCCCUGGUUCCAAAACGUCGACGCCAGGUUGGCCAUACUGGUCAGCGUGUCGGGAUGGUCCUCGCCGAGCUUCGUCUUGCGAGUCUCCAUCACCUGCACCUCGAGCUGCUCGGCCUCCUCCCACCGGCCCUGGUUCCAAAACGUCGACGCCAGGUUGGCCAUACUGGUCAGCGUGUCGGGAUGGUCCUCGCCGAGCUUCGUCUUGCGAGUCUCCAUCACCUGCAUAAAGAGCUGCUCGGCCUCCUCCCACCGGCCCUGGUUCCAAAACGUCGACGCCAGGUUGGCCAUACUGGUCAGCGUGUCGGGAUGGUCCUCGCCGAGCUUCGUCUUGCUCGUCUCCAUCACCUGCACGUCGAGCUGCUCGGCCUCCUCCCACCGACCCUGGUUCCUGUACGUCGACGCCAGGUUGGCCAUACUGGUCAGCGUGUCGGGAUGGUCCUCGCCGAGCUUCGUCUUGCUCGUCUCCAUCACCUGCACCUCGAGCUGCUCGGCCUCCUCCCACCGGCCCUGGUUCCUGUACGUCGACGCCAGGUUGGCCAUACUGGUCAGCGUGUCGGGAUGGUCCUCGCCGAGCUUCGUCUUGCUCGUCUCCAUCACCUGCACCUCGAGCUGCUCGGCCUCCUCCCACCGGCCCUCUAG